AUGACUACAGCAGACACCACAAAUCAGGCUGUUACCACAAGAGCAGCAGCAGCUACAACAACAACUGCAGCCGCAACUACAACAUUCGCUGCCACCACAACUGCAGCCCCCAAUACAACCGCUACCACAACAGCAGCUGCCACUAAGACAACAGCAGCUACCGCCUCAACUACAGAUACCACUAAGACAACCCAUGCCACCACAACAGCAGCCACUGCAACCACAAGUGCAGCUGCUAACACAACUGCAGCUGCCACUACGACAACAGCCACUGCCACUACAACUGCAGCUGUCACUAUGGCAACAGCCACUACCACCACAACUGCAGACAUUACUAAGACAACACCUGCCACCACGACAACAGCCACUGCCACCACUUCUGCAGCCCCUGCCACCACAACGGCAGACACCAAUGUGACUACUACCAAUACUGCAGCUUCCACUACGUCAGCCUCUGCCACCACAGCAACAAUAGCCACCAGCACAACUGUAGCCGCCACUACGACUACAGCAGACACUACGACUACAGCAGCCACUGUCACCACAAAUCUAGCUGAAAUACCUACGAUAGCCCCUGCCACCACAAAUAUGACAGCCCCUGCCACCACAACAACUGCAGGCGCCACCAAAACUUUAGCCGCCACUACAACUACAGCAGCCACUACAACAGUACCAACUGCCACCACAACUCCAGCUGGUACCACAAGAGCAGCAGCUGCAACCACAACUUUAGCCGCUACUAGAACAGCAGCAACUACAACCACAAGUGCAGCUGCCACCACAACUGCAGCUGCCACCACGACAACAGCCGCUGCCUCCACUACUGCAGCCCCUGCCACCGUAACUGCAGACAUCUCUACAACAGCCCCUGCCACCACAACUGCAGCCACAUAUACGACAGCCCCGGCCAACACAUCAACAGUAGCCACCACCACAACUGUAGCCGCCACUACAACUACAGCAGCCACUACAACAGUACCAACUGCCACCACAACUCCGGCUGCAACCACAACUUUAGCCGCUACAAGAACAGCAGCCACUGCAACCACAAGUGCAGCUCCCACCACAACUGCAGCUGCCACUACGAUAACAGCUGCUACCAGCAUAACUGCAGACACCACAACGACAGCCCCUGCCACCACAACUGGAGACACCACUAAGACAACUCAUGCCACCACAAUUCUAGUCACUACCAACACAGCAGCCACUGCAACCACAAGUGCAGCUGCUACCACAACAGCAGCUGCAAUAAAGACAGACACUGCCACCACAACUGCAGCCACCACUACGACUGCUAGCACAACAGCAGCUGCCACCACGAUGACAACAGCUGCCACCACACCUGCAGAUGCCACCACCACUGAAGCUGCCACCACGACAACAGCUGCCACCACGACAACAGCUGCCACCAUUACUGCAGCUGCCACCACGACAGCAGUUGCCACCACGACUACAGCUGCCACCACGACAACAGCUGCCACCACGACAACAGCUGCCACCACAACGAGCAGCAGCUGCAACCACAACUUUAGCCGCUACCAGAACAGCAGCCACUGCAAUCACAAGUGCAGCUGCCACCACAACUGCAGCUGCCACUACGAUAUCAGCCGCUACCACUGCCAUCACAACUGCAGCUGCCACCAUGACAACAGCCGCUGCCACCACUGCUGCAGCCCCUACCACCGUAACUGCAGACAUCUCUACGACAGCCCCUGCCACCACAACUGCAGCCACAUAUACGACAGCCCCGGCCACCACAUCAACAGCAACCGCCACCACAACUCUAGCUGCCAGUACAACUACAGCAGCCACUACAACAGUAGCAAUUGCCACCACAACUCCAGCUGGUACCACAAGAGCAGCAGCUGCAACCACAACUUUAGCUGCAACCAGAACAGCAGCCACUGCAACCACAAACGUCUCUACGACAGCCCCUGCCACCACAACUGCAGCCACAUAUACGACAGCCCCGGCCACCACAUCAACAGCAGCCGCCACCACAACUGUAGCCGCCACUACAACUACAGCAGCCACUACAACAGUAGCAAUUGCCACCACAACUCCAGCUGGUACCACAAGAGCAGCAGCUGCAACCACAACUUUAGCCGCUACCAGAACAGCAGCCACUGCAACCACAACUCCCACCACCACUGUAGCUGCCACCACGACAACAGCUGCCACCACGACAACAGCUGCCACCAUUACUGCAGCUGCCACCACGACAGCAGUUGCCACCACGACUACAGCUGCCACCACGACAACAGCUGCCACCACGACAACAGCUGCCACCACAACGCCCCUGCCACCACAACUGCAGCCACAUAUACGACAGCCCCGGCCACGACAACUGUAGCCGCCACUACAACUACAGCAGCCACUACAACAGUAGCAAUUGCCACCACAACUCCAGCUGGUACCACAAGAGCAGCAGCUGCAACCACAACUUUAGCCGCUACCAGAACAGCAGCCACUGCAAUCACAAGUGCAGCUGCCACCACAACUGCAGCUGCCACUACGAUAUCAGCCGCUACCAGCAUAACUGCAGACACCACUACGACAGCCCCUGCCACCAUAACUGGAGGCACCACUAAGACAACUCAUGCCACCACAAUUUUAGUCACUACCAACACAGCAGCCACUGCAACCACAAGUGCAGCUGCUACCACAUCAGCAGCUGCAAUAAAGACAGACACUGCCACCACAACUGCAGCCACCACUACAACUACUAGCACAACAGCAGCUGCCACCACGAUGACAACAGCUGCCACCACAACUCCGCUGCCACCACUGCUGCAGCCCCUACCACCCCACAUAUACGACAGCCCCGGCCACCACAUCAACAGCAACCGCCACCACAACUCUAGCCGCCAGUACAACUACAGCAGCCACUACAACAGUAGCAAUUGCCACCACAACUCCAGCUGGUACCACAAGAGCAGCAGCUGCAACCACAACUUUAGCUGCAACCAGAACAGCAGCCACUGCAACCACAAUCGCUACCAACACAGCAGCCACUGCAACCACAAGUGCAGCUGCUACCACAACAGCAGCUGCAAUAAAGACAUACCCUGCCACCACAACUGCAGCCACCACUAUGACUGCCACGACGACAGCAUCUGCCACCACAACUGCAGCUGCCACCACAACUUCAGCCGCUACCGCAACAGCAGCCACUGCCACCACAACUGCAGCUGCAAUAACGACAGACCCUGCUACCACAAAUGCAGACACCAAUACGACACCUACCACAACUGUAGCUUCCACAAUGACAGCCUCUGCCACCAUAGCAACAGCAGUUGCCAGCACAACUCAGCUGCCACCACAACAGCAGCUGCCACCAAAACUGCAGCUGCCACCACGACAAUAGCUGCCACCACGACAACAGCUGCCACCACAACUGCAGCUGCCACCACGACAACAGCUGCCACCACGACGACAGCAGCUGCCACCACAACUGCAGCUGCCACCACAACAGCAGCUGCCAUCACAACUGCAGCUGCCACCACAAUUGCAGCUGCCAUCACAACUGCAGCUGCGACCAUGACAACAGCCGCUGCCACCAUGACAACAGCCGCUGCCACCACUGCUGCAGCCCCUGCCACCGUAACUGAAGACACAUAUACGACAGCCCCUGCCACCACAAUUGCAGCCACAUAUACGACAGCCCCGGCCACCACAUCAACAGCAACCGCCACCACAACUGUAGCCGCCAGUACAACUACAGCAGCCACUACAACAGUAGCAAUUGCCACCACAACUCCAGCUGGUACCACAAGAGCAGCAGCUGCAACCACAACUUUAGCCGCAACCAGAACAGCAGCCACUGCAACCACAAGUGCAGCUGCCACCACAACUGCAGCUGCCACUACGAUAACAGCCGCUACCAGCAUAACUGCAGACACCACUACGACAGCCCCUGCCACCACAACUGGAGACACCACUAAGACAACUCAUGCCACCACAAUUUUAGUCGCUACCAACACAGCAGCCACUGGAACCACAACUGCCACCAUGACAACAGCCGCUGCCACCACUACUGCAGCCCCUGCCACCAUAACUAAGGACGCCACUACGACAGCCCCUGCCACCACAACUGGAGACACCACUAAGACAACUCAUGCCACAACUUUAGUCGCUACCAACACAGCAACCACUGCAACCACAAGUGCAGCUGCUACCACAACAGCAGCUGCAAUAAAGAUAAACCCUGGCACCACAACUGCAGCCACCACUACGACUGCUAGCACGACAGCAGCUGCCACCACGAUGAUAGAAGCUGCCACCACAACUGCAGCUGACACCACGACAAAAGCCGCUGCCACCGUAACUGCAGACAUCCCUACGACAGCCCCUGCCACCACAACUGCAGCCACAUAUACGACAGGCCCUGCCACAACAACUGGAGACACCACUAAGACAACCCAUGCCACCACAAUUUUAGUCGCUACCAACACAGCAGCCACUGCCACCACAACUGCAGACACCACUACGACUGCUAGCACAACAGCAGCUGCCACCACGAUGAUAGAAGCUGCCACCACAACUGCAGCUGACACCACGACAAAAGCCGCUGCCACCGUAACUGCAGACAUCCCUACGACAGCCCCUGCCACCACAACUGCAGCAACAUAUACGACAGGCCCUGCCACAACAACUGGAGACACCACUAAGACAACCCAUGCCACCACAAUUUUAGUCGCUACCAACACAGCAGCCACUGCAACCACAAGUGCAGCUGCUACCACAAAAGCAGCUGCAAUAAACACAGACCCUGCUACCACAAAUGCAGCCGCCACCACAAUGACAGAAUCUGCCACCACAACUGCAGCUGCCACCACGACAACAGCCGCUGCCACCACUACUGCAGAAGUCCCUACGACAGUCUCAGCCACCAAACCUGCAGCCACAUAUACGACAGCCCCUGCCACCACAGCAACAGCAGCCGCCACCACAACUGUAGCCGCCACUACAAUUACAGCAGCCACUACAACAGUAGCAAUUGCCACCACAACUGCAGCUGCCACCACGACAGCAGCUUCCACCACAACUGCAGCUGCCACAGCUGCCACCACAACUGCAGCAGCCACCAUGACAACAGCCGCUGCCACCACUACUGCAGCCCCUGCCACCGUAACUGCAGACGUCUCUACGACAGCCCCUGCCACCACAACUGCAGCCACAUAUAUGACAGCCCCGGCCACCACAUCAACAGCAGCCGCCACCACAACUGUAGCCGCCACUACAACUACAGCAGCCACUACAACAGUAGCAAUUGCCACCACAACUCCAGCUGGUACCACAAGAGCAGCAGCUGCAACCACAACUUUAGCCGCUACCAGAACAGCAGCCACUGCAACCACAAGUGCAGCUGCCACCACAACUGCAGCUGCCACUAUGAUAACAGCCGCUACCAGUAUAACUACAGACACCACUACGACAGCCCCUGCCACCACAACUGCAGCCACAUAUACGACAGCCCCUGCCACCACAACUGCAGCCACAUAUACGACAGCCCCUGCCACAACAACUGGAGACACCACUAAGACAACCCAUGCCACCACAAUUUUAUUCGCUACCAACACAGCAGCCACUGCAACCACAAGUGCAGCUGCUACCACAACAGCAGCUGCAAUAAAGACAGACCCUGCUACCACAAAUGCAGCCACCACUACGACUGCUAGCACAACAGCAGCUGCCACCACAACGACAGAAGCUGCCAACACAACUGCAGCUGCCACCACGACAACAGCCGCUGCCGCCACUACUCAAGCCGCUGCCACCGUAACUGCAGACGUCCCUAUGACAGCCCCUGCCACCACAACUGCAGCCACAUAUACGACAGCCCCUGCCACCACAACUGCAGCCACAUAUACGACAGCCUCUGCCACAACAACUGGAGACACCACUAAGACAACCCAUGCCACCACAAUUUUAGUCGCUACCAACACAGCAGCCACUGCAACCACAAGUGCAGCUGCUACCACAACAGCAGCUGCAAUAAAGACAGACCCUGCUACCACAAAUGCAGCCGCCACUACGACUGCUAGCACAACAGCAGCUGCCACCACAACGACAGAAGCUGCCAACACAACUGCAGCUGCCACCACGACAACAGCCGCUGCCACCACUACUGAAGCCCCUGCCACCGUAACUGCAGACGUCCCUACGACAGCCCCUGCCACCACAACUGCAGCCACAUAUACGACAGCCCCUGCUACCACAGCAACAGCAGCCGCCACCACAACUGUAGCCGCCACUAUAACUACAGCAGCCAGUACAACAAUAGCAACUGCCACCACAACUCCAGCUGGUACCACAAGAGCAGCAGCUGCAACCACAACUUUCGCUGCUACCAGAACAGCAGCCACUGCAACCACAAGUGCAGCUACCACCACAACUGCAGCUGCCACUACGAUAACAGCCGCUACCACUAUAACUUCAGACACCACUACGACAGCCCCUGCCACCACAACUGGAGACACCAAUAAGACAACCCAUGCCACCACAACUUCAGCCUCGACCACAACAGCAGCCACAGCAACCACAAGUGCAGCUGCUACCACAACUGCAGCCACCACUAUGACAACAGCCGCUGACACCACUACUGCAGCCGCUGCCACCGUAAUUAAGGACGCCACUAUGACACCCCCUGCCACCACAACUGGAGACAUAACUAAGACAACCCAUGCCACCACACCUUUAGCCGUGACCACAACAGCAGCCACUGCCAUCACAACUACAGCUUUAAUAACGACAGACCCUGCCACCACAAAUGCAGACGCCACUACGACAGACUCUGCCACCAUAGCAACAACAGUCGCCAGCACAACUGUAGAUUCCACUACUACUACAGCAGCCACUACAACAGCAGCCGCUGCCACCACACCUCCAGCUGGUACCACAAGAGCAGCAUCUGCAACCACAACUGCAUUUUACACCACUAAGACUGCUACCACAACUGCAGCCACCACUACGACUGCUACCACAACAGCAGCUGCCACCACAACCACAGCAGCUGCCACCACAACUCCAGCUGGUACCACAAGAGCAGCAGCUGCAACCACAACUUUAGCUGCUACCAGAACAGCAGCCACUGCAACCACAAGUGCAGCUGCCACCACAACUGCAGCUGACACUACGAUAACAGCCGCUACCACUAUAACUUCAGACACCACUACGACAGCCCCUGCCACCACAACUGGAGACACCAAUAAGACAACCCAUGCCACCACAACUUCAGCCUCAACCACAACAGCAGCCACAGCAACCACAAGUGCAGCUGCUACCACAACUGCAGCCACCACUAUGACAACAGCCGCUGACACCACUACUGCAGCCGCCGCCACCGUAAUUAAGGACGCCACUAUGACACCCCCUGCCACCACAACUGGAGACAUAACUAAGACAACCCAUGCCACCACACCUUUAGCCGUGACCACAACAGCAGCCACUGCCAUCACAACUACAGCUGUAAUAACGACAGACCCUGCCACCACAAAUGCAGACGCCACUACGACAGACUCUGCCACCAUAGCAACAACAGUCGCCAGCACAACUGUAGAUUCCACUACUACUGCAGCAGCCACUACAACAGCAGCCGCUGCCACCACACCUCCAGCUGGUACCACAAGAGCAGCAUCUGCAACCACAACUGCAUUUUACACCACUACGACUGCUACCACAACUGCAGCCACCACUACGACUGCUACCACAACAGCAGCUGCCACCACAACCACAGCAGCUGCCACCACAACUGCAGAUGCCACCACGACAACAGCCGCUGCCACCACUACUGAAGCCCCUGCCACCGUAACUGCAGACGUCCCUACGACAGCCCCUGCCACCACAACUGCAGCCACAUAUACGACAGCAGCCACUACAACAGAAGCAACUGCCACCACAACUCCAGCUGAUACCACAAGAGCAGCAUCUGCAACCACAACUUCAUUUUCUACCACUACGACUGCUACCACAACAGCAGCUGCCACCACAGCCACAGCAGCUGCCACCACAACUGCAGAUGCCACCACGACAACAGCCGCUUCCACCCCUACUGAAGCCCCUGCCACCGUAAAUGCAGACGUCACUACGACAGCCACUGCCACCACAACUCUAACUGGUACCACAAGAGCAGUAACUGCAACCACAACUUCAGCCGCCACUACGUCAGUUACAGACACCACAAGUAUAGCUGCCACUAGGACAAUACCCACUACCACUAUAAAGACAACCUCUGCCACCACAACUUUAGCAGCUACCACAACAUCAGCCACUGCUACCACAACUGCAGCUGUCCCUACAACGACAGCCACCACAACUGCAGCUUACACCACUACUGCAGCCCCUGCCACCGUAAAUAAGGGCCCCACUACGACAGCCAGCACAACUGCAGCCACAUAUACGACAGCCCCUGCCACCACAGCAACAGCAGCCGCCACCACAACUGUAAUCGCCACUACAACUACAGCAGCCACUACAACAGUAGCAACUGCCACCACAACUCCAGCUGGUACCACAAGAGCAGCAGCUACAACUUUAAUCGCUACCAGAACAGCAGCCACUGCAACCACAAGUGCAGCUGCUACCACAACUGCAGCUGCCACUAUGACAACAGCCGCUGACAUCACUACUGCAGCCGCUGCCACCGUAACUAAGGACGCCAAUAAGACAACCCAUGCCACCACACCUUUAGCCGCGACCACAACAGCAGCCACUGCCAUCACAACUACAGCUGUAAUAACGACAGACCCUGCCACCACAAAUGCAGACGCCACUACGACUGCCUCUGCCACCAUAACAACAACAGUCGUCAGCACAACUGUAGAUUCCACUACAACUAAUGCAGCCACUACAACAGCAGCCACUGCCACCACACCUCCAGCUGGUACCACAAGAGCAGCAUCUGCAACCACAACUGCAUUUGCCACCACUACAACUGCUUCCACAACUGCAUCCACCACUACGACUGCUACCACAACAGCAGCUGCCACCAUGACCACAGCAGAUGCCACCACGACAACAGCCGCUGCCACCACUACUGCAGCCCCUGUCACCGUAACUGCAGACGUCCCUACGACAGCUGCUGCAACCACAACUGCAGCUGCCAACAUGACAACAGCCACUGCCACCACUACUGCAGCCCCUGCCACCAUAACUAAGGACGCCACUACGACAGCCCCUGCCACCACAACUGGAGACACCACUAAGACAACUCAUGCCAACACAACUUCAGUCGCUGCCAACACAGCAGACACUAGCAGUCGCCAGCACAACUGUAGAUGCCACUACAACUACAGCAGCCACUACAACAGCAGCCGCUGCCACCACAACUCCAGCUGGUACCACAAGGGCAGCAUCUGCAACCACAACUGCAUUUUCUACCACUAUGACUGCGACCACAACUGCAGCCGCAGCUACGACUGCUACCACAACAACAGCUGCCGCCACGACGACAGCCGCUGCCACCACAACUGCAGCCCCUGCCACCACGACAACAGCCGCUGCCACCACUACUGCAGCCCCUGCCACCAUAACUGCAGACGUCCCUACGACGACCUCAGCCACCACAACUGCAGCCACAUAUACAACAGCUCCUGCCACAACAACUGCAGCCACAUAUACGACAGCCCCGGCCACCACAGCAACAGCAGCCGCCACCACAACUGUAGCCGCCACGACAACUACAGCAGCCACUACAACAGUAGCAACUGCCAACACAACUCCAGCUGGUACCACAAGAGCAGCAGCUGCAACCACAACUGCAUUUUCCACCACUACGACCACGACCACAACAGCUGCCACUACCACAACACCCCCUGCCACCACAACUUUAACCGCUACCAGAACAGCAGCCACUGCAUCCACAAGUGCAGCUGCUACAUCAACUGCAGCUGCCACUAUGAUAACAGCUGUUACCGCCACAACUAA